AUGGCCUUUGGUUCUGUUGAGCGCUUCGUUGCCAAAAACGAGAUCGAAGCACUGUUCCAUCGCUAUGCUGUCCUCGCAACCGAAGAACCCGACAUCGAGAAAAUGGCGACCGUUUUCGAAGAAGGUGGCGUCUUUCGUCUACCGAACGGCGUCAUCGUGAAGCCGCGAAAUCUGCUAGAAGUUGUCCGGGGUAAUAAUCCCAAGUUCAUACGCCACCAUGUCACCAGUAUCGAUAUUCAGUUUGUCUCACCUACCGAAGCACACACUCGUUCCUACUUCUUGGUCACUACCGAUGUUUCCAGUGUCGAUCACUGGGGUCAAUGGAGGGACGUGGUUAGAAAGGGUUCGAAUGGCCAAUGGCUGAUAGCGGAUAGGUCUGUUGUCGUCGAGGGUGGUGAUCAAAAGGGCUGGUUUAGAACCACAUAUGCCGAAUGA